AUGUGCCAUCGGCGAAAGCAGGACUACAGUGGCAACAGCUACCUGGGCCUCCACUUGGGCACCCAGCUCCUCCGCGCCCUGAUCCUCGACUCCAACCUGAAGGUGGCCUACGUGGCCCAGAUCCGCUAUGACGUCGACCUGCCCGAGUUCAAGACCGUCAAUGGCAUCUUGCCAGAUGGUGAGCCGGGCGAGUACCUGGCCAAUCCGGUGAUGUGGGUGAAGGCGCUGGACAUGCUGAUGGACUGCCUGGUGAAGCAGGGCGCGGAUCUGCACUCGGUGGCCUCGGUGGCCGGAGCGGCGCAGCAGCACGGCUGUGUCUUCUGGUCCGACUUGGGCCUGCGGCGUCUGUGCAACCUGAAUGCCCACCUGCAGCUCCACGAACAGCUCAAUGAGAGUGCCUUCGAGCUGACCAGGACGCCAACGUGGCGGGAUUCGUCUACGGACAAGCAGGUCCACGAAAUGGAGCAUGCAGUCGGCGGUCCCGCUGAACUUUCCAGCAUAACGGGCUCCAGGGCGUACGCAAGGUUCACGGGUCCCCAGAUCCGGAAGAUACACUCCCAGUGUCCGGAGCACUACGAGCGGACCUCCAGGAUCUCCCUGAUCAGCAGCUUUCUUGCCUCGCUGCUUAUUGGCGGCAUGGCCUCCAUUGACUUCACAGAUGGCUCCGGAAUGAAUCUGAUGGAUAUCCGGCGAAAGAAGUGGUCGCCCGAGUGCCUGGAUGCCUGUGCUCCGGGUUUGGCCAGGCGUCUGAUGAAACCCAUUCCCUCCAACCGGCUGCAAGGACGCAUUGCGGAUUACUAUGUGAGGCGAUGGAACUUCCGACCGGAUUGCAUGGUUGUGGCUUCCGCCGGGAGUAAGGCCUCCGAGCUGGCUGGCCUGCUGGUGGAGAAGGACUUCCUCAUGCUGUCGCUGGACACCAGCGACGUGGUUGUGAUGCCCCUGAAGAGGGCUCCGCGUCUGGAGGAUGGCCAUGUGAUGUGCCAUCCAACGAGGACGGACGAGUACAUGGGGGUGCUGUGCUUCCACAAUGGAGCCCUUACCAGGAAAGCCGUCUGCGAGGAGGUGGCCAACGGAAGUUGGAUGCGCUUCUAUGAGAUGCUGGGUGACACGCCCCCGGGAAAUAAUGGCAAUGUGGCCGUGCACUUCCGGGACCGAGAGAUCAUACCCAUUGCCCAGGGCACUCUGCGCUGGGCUGCCGGGAUAGACUUCAUGUCGGCGGAGUGCCUACAAGGUCUUCCAGCCUUUGACACCCCGGAGAUAGAGGUGCGAGCCGUAAUCGAGGGUCAGAUCAUGCACCACUACGCCAUUGCCCGCGAGAUGGGCUUCCACAAGUCGAAGUACACCAAGGUCAUAGUGGUGGGCGAAGAUUCCAGGAGCCAGCAGGUCCAGCAGAUCGUGGCGGACAUCUUUGAUGCCCCAGUGUACCAGAGAUCAGGAGUGGAGGUCAGCCUGCUGGGCUGCGCCUUUCGAGCCAGGUACGCCUUCUACGAGCACCGCGAGUCCAACUGCAACUGCCGAUCCUGCAAGAUGCCCAAGGGCCGGCAGCCAAGGCUCAGCUACGAGGAGUUCUUCCGGAACAUCCCCUCCGGCUUGCACCUGGCUGCGGAGCCCACUCCGGGAUCCGAGAAGAUCUACACACCCUUGAUCGCCCGCUGCACCCAGAUUUGCCGACUGCUGGCCGCCAAAUCCAGCGUGUACUUUUACCAAGAUGAGGAAGAGUAA